GUAAAUGUAUGAACUAUGGUCCUGAAGAUGUGGUGAUUAUGUGGACAAAGGGUAAAAUGUACAUUGAGCUUCGUAAUCGCUAACUUCAAGGACCUGUCGACCAAAAGAUACACAAGAACAUAUGUGACGGUCAAACAACUUUCUUGAAGGGGAAAACAGGCCAUGUUGUGAAAGCUCCUGAAGCAGAAACAUCGGAUUAUGAAAAUUUAAAACAACUCCCCACUGAGUUCAUAAGGGAUGAUUUAAAACAUCUUGUAACUAGAUACGAAAUUCCUUUAGGAUCAGCCAAAAGAUUGAUUGUUAAAUGCGUAAAACAUGACGAUAAAGUCGAGGCGUUUGUAUACGGCCCAGAAGGAUACUUGCUUGAUGUAUUGAAGCGGACUGACGUUGAAGGAGAUUGCCAACAAGUGAAAGAUCACAUAGGUAUAAUUGGAGAGCCAAAUUGGAAGAAGAAAUCAGUAAAUGUUGAGUUAUCAUUUACUAUGACGUACGAGGUUAGUAAAAACGAGAACGAUGUUGUUUGUGCCUCCAGACAAUACACGGUCACAUCUAUUAACUAUUAUGCGAAAUUGGACAGAGAGGGCUUAAAGCGGAUGGAUUGCAACAAGAAAACUGUGGUGGGUACUCAAUAUUUGUCAAAGAAUGACUGGUUAUUAUCAUCGGGAACCUUUGAUAUCAGGGAUUUCAACAAAUAUGGAAACCCUGAUGACACACCUAUCUCUUACCUUCUAAGAUAUGAUCCGCAACUCGAGCUCAAGUGCCAAACAUACACUAUGGAAACAAAGGGGUGGUUGAAACAGAAAACCACUAUAACAGCAAGUAUAAUACACGAAGGCAUAAUCUUAGAGAAGUUAUUUCUAGACUCUUGUACGGACGAAGGAAUAUACAUCGACAAAAUAGGGCGGUACACCUAUUACAACAGACAUUUUACACUUGAGUAUAAAAGAAAAGAUAAAAGAUGUUUUAUAAUGGGGAUUGAUCUUGCUUACAAUAGUCCGUUUAAGGAUGUUAAAGUAUCACGAGGUGAUCUCCACGAAUUCAAUUGUCCAUGA